AUGUUCUCUUCUGGCCUCUCAGAAGGGAGAAAUAGCCUUUUCACCAAGAUAGCACCAAAAGCGAGGAAGGAAGCCCUGUCCCUUCCCAAAGAUGAAGCCAAAGCAAAGGCCUUGAAGGCUAAGAAGGCAAUGCUGAAAGGCAUCCACAGCCACAAAAAGAUCAGAACAUCACCCACUUUCUGGCAGCCCAAGUCCCUGUGGCUCCAGAGAAAGCCACAAUAUCCUCAAAAUAGUGAGCCCAGAAACAAGCUUGACCACUAUGUUGUCAUCAAAUUGCCUCUGACCACCGAGUCAGCCAUGAAGAAAAUCAAGGAAUACGACAUGCUUGUGUUCAUUGUGGAUGUCAAGGCCAUCAAGCACCAGAUCAAAGAGGCCAUGAAGAAACUCUAUGAUAUUGAUGUGGCCAAAGUCCAUACCCUGACAAGGCCUGACAGAGAGAAGAAGGCUUAUGUUUGCUUAGCUCCUGAUUAUGAUGCUCUAUAUGUUGCCAACAAGAUUUGGGUCAUCUAA